AUGCACUCACAGGGAGCCCGAGAGGGCGUUAUGAUCGAGCUGCCUGCAAGUAGAGAGGGGCAUGUGAAGAAGAAGGGUAGAGAGGGGCAUGUGAAGAAGAAGGGUAGAGAGGGGCAUGUGAAGAAGAAGGGUAGAGAGGGGCAUGUGAAGAAGAAGGGUAGAGAGGGGCAUGUGAAGAAGAAGGGUAGAGAGGGGCAUGUGAAGAAGAAGGGUAGAGAGGGGCAUGUGAAGAAGAAGGGUAGAGAGGGGCAUGUGAAGAAGAAGGGUAGAGAGGGGCAUGUGAAGUUCAUGCAUGGAAUGGAAUGGAAGUAG